AUGGAUGCCGGCUCAGGUGGUGCGGAUUCCCUCACUGCUCCGAUCCCAGAACAGAUUUCCGAAAACAACCAUGAAGACAUGGCCGAGCUAUCAUCAGACAGUAUCGAAGACGAGUAUGACGAAUCACAAUGUUUGUUCUGCAACCAGACGAGUCCAGACCUAGAUCAGAACUUACUACACAUGUCAAAGGCUCAUGGCCUGCAUAUAGACACAACCAAUCUAUUGGUAGAUGUCACUUCUCUACUCGCCUACUUUCACCUCAUUAUCUCUGCGUACUAUGAAUGUCUCUACUGUGGAACACAGCGGAAUACUCGCGAAGCUGUACAGCAGCACAUGAUAGCGAAGGGACAUUGCAAAUACGACAUUACCGACGAAAACGCUGAGCUGAGAGACUUCUAUGACUUGUCCUCUGCAGAUAUUAGAGCAGAGAUACAGCAGAACCUCGCCAUGCGCUAUUCGGACGAUUCUCAAGUUUUGUUGCAGACUAGAGCGAAGAAAGCACGAUCGUCAAAGCAAACAGACAGGCCUAUUUCCAAUACAACGGCUUCUCCUUCAAGUUCAACAUCACAAAUCCCAACUCAGGACGCGCAGACUAAUGCCGAGUCAAGCUCGCAUACUACCGAGCCAUCUUCUGAUCCUCCAGGUGAAGUAAGCACAAGAGUGCUAAAGCAAGAAUCCAUCCUCAACAGCCAACUCGCACAACUUCGUGCAGAUGAUCGCAGGAGUCUUCUACACCUACCGGCCUCACAACAACGGGCGUUGCUGGCAACCCGUCACAAACAGAUGGAGAAGGCAAGGAGGGCAGAGCAAACGCAACGUGGUAACUUGGAGAGAGCAGGUAAUAAGUUCGGUCGUUUGGGUACGGUCAGAUUGGUGCGGCAACCUCCUCACUUUGGUAAUGUCUCUGGUCUGAACAGGUGA